CUUCCCUUUGAUACCCUCACUCAGCCUUGGCCUUAUCAUUUCAUCUCCUAUAUGAAGGCAGCCUCCACGCUCAAUGGAGGCAUUACCCCCACAGCUCCCAAGUUUGGUUCAUCAACUCUAUGAGAAGAAGAAGGAUGGCUGCCAUCACCAUGGAUCCGAGUUUGAGCCGACAAGUUGGCAAAGACAGCCACCAGCACGGCGCUGUAGUUGAGGAAAUCCAUGGGCUCAUCAGAGUGUACAAAGAUGGACACGUGGAAAGACCCCAGAUCGUUCCAUGUGUGACAAGCCUGUUGCCUUCGGACCUGGGCGUGACUUGUGGAGACAUAGUGAUUCACAAGUUAACAAACAUUUGGGCACGUUUUUAUGUGCCAGCUGUUAGGUGCCAUGGGAAGCUCCCAUUGCUCGUCUACUUCCAUGGAGGUGGGUUCUGUGUUGGCUCAGCCGCUUGGAGUUGCUACCAUGACUUCCUGGCAAGGCUAGCUGCUAAAGCUGGUUGCUUGAUCAUGUCCGUGAAUUAUCGAUUGGCCCCGGAAAACCCUCUUCCGGCAGCUUAUGAAGAUGGGUUUAAGGCUUUUCUGUGGUUGAAACAAGAAGCUGUAUCCGGGGCCAGUGAAUGGUGGUCUAGGGCUUGCAACUUCUCCAGCAUCUUCCUUGCCGGUGACAGUGCCGGUGGCAACAUUGCCCACCACUUGUCUUUAAGGCUAGGUUCUAACAGGGCAAGCGAAGCCACAGCCUUGAAGCCGUUGGUUUUCAAGGGGACAAUUCUAAUACAGCCAUUCUUCGGCGGAGAGGCACGCACUCAUUCUGAGAAGCAGAUGGUAUCUCCCUCAGUGCUGAGCUUAACGGCCUCUGAUACAUACUGGAGGUUGUCCUUACCAUAUGGUGCAAAUCGUGACCAUCCAUGGUGCAACCCAAUGUCAAAGGGGUCCAUUAAAUUGUUGGAGUUGAGGCUCUUACCCACCAUGGUGUGCAUUUCAGAGAUGGACAUAUUGAGAGACAGAAAUUUAGAGUUUUGCAGUGCUUUGGCUAGUGCGGGUAAGAGGGUGGAGCAUGUUGUGUACAAAGGUGUAGGGCAUGCAUUCCAGAUUCUGAAUAAGUCACCCCUCGCACAAACUCGUACCCUAGAAAUGUUGUCACAUAUCAGUUCCUUCAUUACUAGAUGGCCCCUGGACCCUCCUACUCAUCAUGAUUGUCGUUGAAUAACUAACCCAUAUUCAAUGAUAAAGCCCCGCUUUGUACAUACACUUCCUGUCUGUUUGGUAAGUGGGAAUAUCAAUGAGUACGAUUUCAGUGUA